AGGUGUCGUUAAUACUAUUCUGUCUCUACCUAUGUUCAAAGUACUGGGGCGAUUAGCAUACAGUGUUUUGCUGAUACACUUCGGCUUUCAGACUGCAAUGCUGGCAGCUGGAAAAAACCCUACCUAUUUUUCGAACUUCAUGUGUAUUUUCAAUGCUCUAUCUGAUAUAGCCAUUACCACGGCAGUAGCAAUACCCUUCACGUUAUUCUUCGAGUAUCCUGCAAUAGGAUUAGUGACGACUCUUCUGCAAAACAAAGCUGGCAUGACGCAGAAAACCAAUCGUAUCGACGUGAAGCCAUGAUAUGUAUAGUUCUGUAUAUUUUAUCAGGCCUCACUCAUAUAGGACUAUUGUCUGGCCGCUAUUGCAAACAAGUAUUAUAUUACAAUUAUAAUUAUUACAAUAUUCUACCAGCAUCACAGAAAUAAAUAAUUUCCACGAAUUAUAACAAAUUAGUGAG